AUGCAUGUAGCCGAACGAUUUUUUGAUGCAGGGCAAGAAUAUCUACCAAAAUCGUCAGCUUUUGAACGUUAUGCAAACGAAUCAUUGGUAACGAUUGAAAUGGCAAUCAGAGUCCUCGAACCACCAAUAUACAACUGUGAUGUAAUGGCUUUAACAGCAAAAAGGAUAAUGUCCUGUUCAGUAGGUGUUCUUACUAUUGAUGAGGCAGCUGCUAUUUAUCUUUAUACGAUGUGGUCGGGCAAACCUGAGCAAGCUAUUUCUACUCAAUUGAACAGAACACUUCGAUCAGGAACACAAGAUGAGCUUACUUCUUGGCUUUCCUAUCUGCAACUCUUUGUGACUGCUUUGAACAAACUACCGUCAGUGAAUGGUACCAUUUGGCGAUUUGCUCGAGGCGAUAUUACUGGUUAUUACAGAGAUUAUUGUAUCUGGUCAGGAUUCAGCUCAUGUACAAGAACUGAAUCAAUAUUUGAUGUAUUUCUCAAUAGAAAUUAUGUAUAUACAAUAUUUGAAAUUGAAUGCAUCAAUGGAAGAGCGAUUCGGAAUUAUUCCGAGUGUCCAAACGAAAACGAAGUUCUAUUGAUGCCUGGUACACGCUUGCGAGUAAUAAAGAAGGAAAAUCUUAACAACGGAUUUAAAAAAGUUUAUCUACAAGAAGAAGGACAUCCAAAACAACAAUUAGCUCAACUUCUCGGUACUUCAGUAUCAUUCGAUGGAACAUAUAGAACAGGCCAGGAUUUCCAUUCAACCAUAACUCAAUCAAAUAAUGAAAUAAAAUCAAGACCAUUAUACACUACUCGUACAACGCUAUCAAUCCAGCCAAUACGUGAAAAUCAAACGCAUCAAUCGCGAAGAUUUUCUAUCGACCAGAAUAGAUUUAAUAAUGAUCGUAUCAAGAGAACGUUUUCUCUCACCGAGUAUGGACGGGUUGAAAAAUUGAAUGAUCAUUAUGCUUCACAUAAGUUUUGGCUCGACCGCCUGUAUCAUGAUUAUAGCAAACGAUUGAUUAUGACUCCUCAAGACUUGGAAAUCAAGUUAAGAUAUCCUCCUACAACUGUUCAUUAUAUUACACUGAAUCGUGUGAAGGGAUCCAUGUUUGGCAUGAGUUUAGGAGAUGCGCUUGGAACUCACAUUAAAUUUAUGCCACGACAGUACCUAAGGGAAAUUCCUAUUCGAGAUCUUCACGAGGGAAGAACUUGGUGUCUCAAAAAAGGACAAUUCACAGACGAUACAUCAAUGGCUUUGUGUCUAGCUGCAUCGUUGGUAUGCCGUCGCGAUUUCGUUCCGUAUGAUCAACUAGUUCGGUAUAAAUGGUGGUACAGAAAUGGUUACAUGUCUUUGAAUGGUAAAUGUUUUGAUAUUGGAGCUGCUACUAGUCAAUCGCUAUGCGAAUUUGAGCGCCGUCAACAAUUAUUUGCUAAUAACUAUCAGAUUCCUCUCAAUGAAAUAGACAGCUUAUCCGACCAUUAUCUACUUGAAAAAUUCGAUGUGUUUUGUAGUGCAAAUGGUGCUGUCGGCAAUGGAGCCUUGAUGCGAUUAGCUCCCGUUCCUCUCUUUUUCUAUCGAGAUCCUAUUCAAGCUGUCGAAUUUUCUGGUAUUAGUGGCAUUAUUACUCAUGAUGAUCAGAGAGUCUAUGAUGCAUGUCGAUAUUAUGGAGCUUUGAUUGUGGCUGCUCUACGUGGUGAAGCCAAAUCACAGUUGCUUGAUAAUGAUUUCUAUUGGAAGCAUAUACAAUGGUUUAAUAACAAGCCGCUCACGCUAGAAGUGAUCAACGUUGCCCAUGGAUCGUACAAGAAACCAGGUGGCCAUCGUGAUGGUAUUCGAGGUAAUGGAUACAUUAUUAAUGCUCUCGAAGCAGCCUUAUGGGCAUUUUACUAUGACGAGAAUUCUUUCGAAAAAGGUCUUCUCGAUGUAGUUAAUCUUGGAGAUGAAACAAACACAACUGCUGCUAUUUAUGGUCAAUUGGCUGGUGCUUACUAUGGCUAUGACUGUGUGCCUGAUAAAUGGAAGAAACAAAUGUAUGCGAGUAAUUUUCUUCAAUGUUUAUGUGAGUGGAUCGUUUACGAAGGAGAAUUAUGGAAAUCGAAAUCUUCUAUUUCAAAUGAAUCAGAAGCAAAUGAUCAGUUCCAUUCUAAUUUCCUGUCACAAUCUAACAUUGAAUGGGGCUCAAUGCCAGACACCUGUUUAGUACAUGCUGAAGCGUCGACAGUCGCACACAAAGAGCAACCUUUCAAUCAAUUAGGACUGGCGCGUUCAGUACAUUUCUCAGAUCUACCUUCAAGAACUAAUCAUGGAGCGAACCGGGUUGUACGAUCGACUUUCAGUUGGAAACCAAGAACAACACAAAAACGGUAUGAAUACGGUAUACGAGUAGGACCUACCGUAGGUGGUGGAUUCUGUCACAAUGAGUACAAUGAAAAACCGUUUAAAUAUAGUGUCACGACAGGAGUUCGUUAUAGUCCUGUUACGAAAUCAUAUUAUGACUUUAAUGGUCAAAGGCAAGAAGCACAAUUUUCAACUUAUGAACAGCUCCCAAACGUCACCGACUGGCCAUGGAACCGAACUCAGUCAGUAGCACCAUACGCGACACAGUAUUAUGUCUCUCUAUCUGAUGUGCCAUGA